AUGAAACUUCUACUUCUGACCAUUGGUCUAUGCAUGACCAAUGCAUUAGUGCCUAAUGAAAGGAUCCAGGGAUAUGCUGACUUCAAACCUGACCAGAUCAAUGGGAGGUGGUAUUCCAUUGCAGUGGCAUCUAAAAGACCAGAGAUGAUAAUGCCAGGUGGUAGAAGUAGGUUUCAAAUCUACUCUUUCCAAGUCAAAAAGAAUGGAGAAAUUUUCACAAUUACCUAUAUAAAUCAGAAUGACAUAUGUCAACAAAUUAAUGUCACACUCACUGCAACCAAGAUUCCUGGCCGAUACAAAUUGACUAAUCUUGAAGAUUACUUUCUCAUAAAAGAUACAGACUAUAAGAACUUCCUAAUUGUAUAUAGUCAAAUGGAGAACAUUGGAAUAUGGGAACUAUUUGGAAGAAGGAGCUCUAUGCCUAAAGUAUAUAAAGCGAAGUUUGAGGCCUUAGUCAUGUCUCGUGGCUUGGGAAAAACGGAUAUUUCUUACUUCAGUGAAAUGGAGAGAUGCCCCAAGAGAGUCAAAAAGUAUCUUCUGCAAAUGGCCUGUGUGAACAACUGUUCCAAUAGCCAAAGUGAAGCUGAGAGUGUAGAUCUUAACAAGGGUACUAAUAGCCUCUGCGAAGUUGAUAUUUCACAGCUUUCUAGGAGCAUCUGA